AUGUGGGACCUGCGGACAGCCACGCACAACGCCUCCCUCCUGGACCUGCCGCUGCAGGCCGCUCUCGGGGAGCUGUGGCUUCACAAUGCCCGGGCCACUGCCUCGGAUUCGUCACGGAAGGCUGCGCUGCAGCGCGCCCGAGGGUACCUGAUCUCAGCGCUGGAGUUGGGCCAGGUGCUUGAGGCACGUGAGGUGGCAGACUUGCAUGUGGCUCUGAACCGCGUCCUGGACAUGCAGGGCGACCUGGCGGCCUGCCGCCACUGGGCGGAGAAAUGCGUGGCGCGCCAAGUGCUUUGGGAGAACCCCUGGCAGCGGCCCGGACACUUCCUGCGGGGCCUGGGCGCAUCCGCCUGGCACGCGGCCAACUGCUUCGAGUUGUGCCGGCGCUUGGAGGCGGCCUAUCCGCAGAUCAAGGCAGAGUUGCUGUCGCUGGGCGCCUGUUGGGGCAGGGUGGGGGAGCGGGCGGCGCACGACGGAGCCCUCGUGGCGGCCGGGGAGUGGAACGAGGUGGUGCUGCUGGGGGACUCUGAGGAGUGUUUCGGGCACCGCCAAAAGUGCCCCGCCACCAGCGCGGUGCUGGCUGCCCGCCCGGAGGCGGCUCAUUGCGCGCAGCUGGGGGUGGGGGAAGCCCUCUUCUCCCGGCUGAAGCCCGGCACCCGGCUGCGGACCCAUUGUGGGCCCACCAACAUGAGGCUCACAUGCCACUUGGGCCUGGUCAUCCCGGAGGGCUGCACCAUCACUGCGGGCCAAGAAACGCGGACCUGGGAGGAGGGCAGGUGCCUUGUCUUCGACGACUCCUUCGAGCACUCGGUGGAGAACACCUCCGACCAGAGCCGCGUGAUUCUGCUGGUGAAUUUCUGGCACCCGGCCAUCCCCCCGACUGAGUGGCAGCAAAGAGCCGCGGGCCUGGCAUGA